UUGCGUCAGGUGAAAGUGGUCCAGUGCUCAGCCGAGAAAAAGUUGUUUCGUUUAGAAAUGAAACGUUUGUGAACUUGUUAAAUUAUAAAUAUUGACUAGUACGUUUUACAACUAGCUCUUCAACAUCACCAGGUAAACAGCAGCAAUGAAGAGUCUCAAGUACCGACUGAAAAAGCAUGAAGUUACGCUCACAAACACAGACUGGAACAAGUAUGACGACCGGCUGAUGAAGGCGGUGGAGCGGGGUGAGGUGGACAAGGUGGCGGCCGUGCUCAGCAAGAAGGGCAUCAUCCCCACAAAGCUGGAUGUGGAGGGACGAUCCGCGUUCCACCUCUCCGCGACCAGGGGCCACCUGGACUGUCUCAAUCUCAUCCUGGGCCACAGCGUUGACCUCACAGCCACCGAUGCCACCGGUAAAAAUGCCCUUCAUCUAGCUUCCAGAAAUGGCCAGUCGCUUUGUGUGCAGAAGCUAUUGCAGCACAACUGUCCUGUGGGGAAUGUGGACUUGCAGGGGAGGACAGCUCUACAUGACGCUGUGAUGGCAGGCUGCUCCUCUAGCGUCAAACUACUGUGUGACAGCGGGGCCUCUGUAAACGCAAGUGAUUUUGAUGGGCGGACUCCUCUGGUGCUGGCAACCCAGAUGUGCCAUCCACACAUCUGCCAGCUGCUGCUGGAGCGAGGGGCCGACAUCGCCAUCCGUGACAAACAGAACAAGACUGCUGUGAUCCUGGGCUGUGAGUAUGCGUGUAAGGACGCGGUGGAGGUCCUUCUGAAGAGCGGCGCUGACGUGACAGCCGUGGACGGCUUUGGUCACGACAGCUUCCACUACGCCCGCCACAGCAAGAACCAGGAGUUGGUCAGCCUUGUCAAGACAUACCUCGACAACGUCACCAAAGCAAAAGAAGCUGCCAAGAUGGAGCAGAAAAAGCGACAGCACUCAGUAGAGAUGACUGAACAGGCUGAAGCCAACAUGAGGGACCUGGAGAGACAGAAUGAGAGCCAGCAGGAGACUCUGAGGAAGUUUCACCUGGAGCAGAGGGCUCUGAUGGACAAGGUUAACCUACUGCAGCAGCAGCUCAGUCAGGAAAAGCAUACUGUGGAAAGCAUCCAUAAAGAGAGGGAACAGCUGAAGCUCUUACUGAGUGCCAAAGACCGGGAGGAGGGGGCUCGGGCCCCGGAGACUGUCAAGGUUCAGCUCAGGAGCCACAUGGGGGACUACUCUGGCCAGUCGGUUAUCAAAGGAAAAGACAACUUCCUCGUCAAACAAUCUCACAGCCUGGAUUCAGCGCAGGUGCUGCAGUCCGGUCUGUCGCACUCACUGUCCCGUCCCCUGGAGCUUGCGGGGCGUCCUGGCGUGACCUGGGACCCAGUCGAGGAGGUGGAGGCCCUGCGGCGCGAGUUGGAGACUGUGAGGAGGCGGCAGCAGACUGCCGAGGAGGAGGCCCUCCGCCUGCAGGCGGCGCUGGCACGCAAGAGCCAGGAGUGCCAAGAGCUGGCCCAGAGCCGGGAGACUAUCCAGCGGCAGGCGGACCGGCAGGUCCAGGAGCUGGAGGAGGCCCUGGGGGACGUUCAGAAGAGGAUGCUGGACUCUGAAGCCAAGGUCAAGCAGCUCCAGGCCCACGUGGUGGCGGUCAAGGAGCACCUAGGAGGCCAGGCGGCCGACGAGCUCCGCGCCCAGCUCCACGAUGUCAAGGCCAAGUACGAGGGCGCCUCGGCCGAGGUGGGGCGCGUGCGUAACCACCUGAAGCAGAGUGAGAAGGCCCUGGAGGAGUACAAGAGCAGCGAGGGCCAGCUGGCAGUGGAAGCAGAGCGGCUGGGCCAGGAGCUGAAAGCCCUGCGGGAGGAGAGGGACGAGCUGGCAGGGGCUCUGCUGGACAUGGAGGCCCUCAUCAAGGAGACCCAGGCACAGAAGGUUGUGCCGGCAGAGAAGUUCGACAACAUGAAGAAUCUGCUGAGCAAUGCAGUGGAUGAGAAGGAGCGUCAGCUGGCAGAGCUGCGGGAGGACUACGACCGCGUGCUGGAGGAGGUGGCUGAGCUACACAGGGAAAUGGACAACCAGCCAGCCCAGGCCGGGACAGGAGCGAUCCCCCUGCAGGAGCAUGAGAGGAUGAGGACGACCCUGGAGGAACAGAGUUCCUCCCUGAAGAGGAGGCUGGCGGACGUAACUGCCAAGAGCCAGGCGCUGAUCCGCCAGGUAGAGGAGAGCGAGGAGGAGCGGGAGACGCUCCAGGAGCAGCUGGAGGAGCUCAACAGCAGGGUGGAGGCCAACUUCAUCCCCCUCAAGGACCACGAAGAGGCCAAGAGCGCCCUGGAGAGAGCUGUGGAGGAACUGGAGGAGAGGCUGGUGGAGGCCGCAGAGAGGAACGGCCAGGCCGAGGUGCAGAUCCAGAGGCUGCAAACGGAGAGGGUCACCCUGUGUGAGAGCGUCACCAGCCUGCAGAGCGCUACCGUGCCCUCCGAGAAGUUCCAGAGCGAAGUGGGAGCCCUGAAUGCUCGCAACGCUGAACUGGUGAAGGAACUGGAAGUGCUCCAGAAGAGGUUUGAAGAGCGAGAGAAGGAGCUGGGCCAGGUCACCGCCAAGAACCAGUCUCUGAAACAGAGCCUAAAUGGAGAGUAUGUGUCCAGAGAGAAACACGAGCAAGUGAAUACGGAGCUGAGUAAUGCUUUGGAGAAGGCCAAGGCUGAGCUCUCCAAACUGGAGAAGGAGGGCAGAGAAAGUGAGGAAGAGUUGCAGAAGGUGAAAGAGGGCAGUGCAGAGUUGAAAGAGAAGCUGGAGAAUGUUCAGGUGAUGAUAGAAAAUGACUAUGUGUGCCUUAUAGACCAUGAAGCUAUAAGGGUUAAGUUGAGCAAUGCUGUUGUUGAGGUGGAGUGUCGGGCAAAAGAGGCGUUGGCAAGCUACCAGUCUGCCCAAGAUGAGACAGUAAAGCUUCACCAAGAAAUGGAGGCGCAGAAGAAAGAACUAGACACCAUCCAGGAAGCUAUCCAGUCCAAGUUUGUCCCGUUGACCGCCAUAGAGGAGAGAGAGAACUCCUACAACACCAAGCUAAAAGACUUGACAGGAAAGCUCUCGGAGAUGCAAGAGAAGUACAACCAGGAGAAGUCUGAGGGGGAACGUCACAAGCAGGAGAAAGAGAAACUGAAAGUGCAGAUGGAGUCUGUGCAGCAGAGAAUGGAGACCGGCUUUGUCGCCAGUGAAAAGCACAAGGAGGUGGAAGAUGAAUAUAGGGGUAAAAUGGAGGAGCUGAGUCUGAGGUUGGUGGACCUGGAGCAGCAGUACAAAGAUGUGACUGUGCAGAGGGCAGAACUAGAGGAGCAGAACGCCCUGUGUAACACUGACAUCCAGAGCCUGCAGCAGCGCCUGGAAUCCGAGUCGGCCCGGCUGGAACACUACGAGGCCGAGCACCGAGCCCUGAGGGGCACCAUCCACCAAGCCCAGGACCAGUGCCAGAAAGCCAGGGAGGCCCAGCGUGGAGAGGCCCAGAGGGCCUGCGCCUUGGAGAAGGAGCUCCAGGGAUGCUCCGGGGACCAGGCCGUCCUCCUGCAGCAGCAUGCCCAGGCCAAGGAGGCCCUGGAGGGGCAGGUGGCGCAGCUACUCGCUUCCCUUCGCCAGGAGCAGGAGACCAGCGCCCAGAGGGCCAAGAACGUGGCAGCCCUGCAGUUGGAACUGCUCCAGGCCACCCAGGCCCUGGAGGAACUCGGAGGAAGAGAGGACCAGUUGAGCCAGCUGAAUGCCGAGAAGCAACGUCUGGAGGAAGAGACGGUGGCGCUGGGCGAGAGGUUAUCUGCGCUGGCGGAGCAGUGCGAGGUGCUCCACCGUGAGGUGGCCCAGGCCAGGGAGGACAAGGCCGGGGCCAGGGUGGAAACUGAGGCCCUGCAGGAGAAGAGCGACGCCAUGGAUAGGGAGAUCCGGGAGCUGAAGGAGAGGUAUGAGGAGUCGCUCAGCACCAUCGGGGAGUUCCAGAGGAGGAUCCAGAUGUCGGCGGAGCAGACUGAGGUCAAAGACAAGAAGAUCACCGAGCUGUUGACGGACGUGGAGAGACUGAAGCAGGCCCUGAAUGGUCUGUCCCAGCUGGCAUACGCCAGCAACGCCGCGCCCAAUAAGAGACAGAUGCAGCACGUCGACACACUCCAGGCCCAGAUCAAGAGCCUGCAGCAGCAGCUGGCUGAUGCUGAGAGUCAACACAGAGAGGUGGUUUCAAUCUAUAGAACUCAUCUCCUCAGUGCAGCACAGGGUCACAUGGAUGAGGACGUCCAGGCCGCCCUGCUGCAGAUCAUCCGCAUGAGACAGGAGUUUGUCUGCUAAAAGUCCAUUCAGCAACAACAAAACACUAUCCGCUGACUCAAAUCCACCAUUCACACAGCCCUAGCUACGGAGCACCCCCGCUGUGGCCCCUGUGGGCG